AUGACGAGGACAGGAAUUCCUGACAUCCUUGACGACUCAGAGAAGUACGCAAUCAUAGCAAAGGAGUUCUCCUUUUACAUCAACACUCUCAACUACAACGUCAAUAAGCGGAUAGUGCUGGCGCUGUACUGCCUCAUUUUCCUGCUCGGCACCUUUCUCAACCUGCUCCUCAUUUUCACCAUCACGAAGGUGCGAAAUCCCAAGUCGAUUUCCAAUCGGCGAAUGCUAAUGAUGCACGUCUGUUGUGACCUGGCAUUGGUCUGGUUCGGUGUGCCCUACACCGCCUACACAGGUGUCUACAAGAGUUGGCAGCUGGGUUCAGUGAUGUGCCACGUGGCCUCCUUCCUCAUCUACUUCAUUGUGGGACUCACCAACUUCCUGCUGGUGUCGAUUUGUCUCAAUCGAAGCAUCGCCAUUGCCAGGGCUGGACGGUGGGGUGGCGAAACCGACCACAACGUGAAUUGCAGGGUCUCCGUUCUCCUGAUAGCCGCCAUUGUCUUGGCCAUCGUCAUUGCGCUUCCCUCGGCCAUCGUCUCGAGGGUCACGCGCAACAUCUUCAAGGAUCCACUUUUUGCUGCCCUUGCUCCACCCAUCUGUCUUCACCACAUCAUAACUCAGCAACUGCGCCGCUCGCAUCAGAUGCUCAGUCUAAUGGGGCACACAAUUCGUGGCAAGUGGCGUCGACGCAGACAACGACUAAUUCGUCUCUGCGUCCUCAUGGCAACCCUCUUUGUCCUUUCCUGGUUUCCCAACCACCUCUGCAAUAUCCUCACCAAGAUCUUCGACGUGCGCGGCGACACCGCUGAGACACUGCAAGACUACGCGCUGUGUUUGGGCAUCUCCAACACGGUCAGCGGACCCCUCCUCCUCAUAAUCAGCUGUUCCGCCUACCAGCGGUUCAUCCGACGUCUGCUGGCGCGCUUGAGGCUGAUCGACGGGGGCACGGAUGUGGGCGAGGCGAGGGACACGGUGUUCUCGUCGAGUCUUUGUGCGCCUGUGUCUCCGCCACCGGUUUCCGCGGUGUGCGGUGAAGACAAGUGCGACUCCGCUCACACGGGCCCAACACUCACGCCGACCGCGAAAGCAGACGAGCCGUGA